CCUCAUUAAUGACGCUGCGGCUCCGCCUCUCCCGGAGGAUCAUAAAAAGAGAGCAGCGGAGUGUCCCCACUAGAAGGUAGAUGUGCUCGCAACAAUGAAUAGCAACGUUUUGCUAAUGCCUGAACGCGGCAACUGCUCACUGACUCCGGCUGCUCUCUGUUUACAACCGGUUUGGGAUCAGGUGCGCGGCAUGGAGAGCUGGAUCAAGUCGCCCUUCUUCCCCGUGAGCUUUUCCUUGGGAGUCUACCUCGCUUUCUGUCUGCCUUUCGUCGUCCUGGAUUUCCUGGCUCCAAGGGUCGCCUUCCUGCAGAAAUAUAAGAUCCAGGCGCAGAACAAUCCAAAUGUGAAGAUGAUGGCAAACUGCCUGGCACAGACCCUGUACAACCACAUUCUGUACAUCUUCCCGCUGUCGGUGGCGCACUGGUACUGGCGCCCGGUGGACUUCCCGCUCGCUGCGCCUGAGCUGCCCAAGGUGCUUUUGGACGUUGCUGCCUGCCUCCUUAUUUUCGACUUCCAGUACUUCGUCUGGCAUCUCCUCCAUCACAAGGUGCCCUGGCUCUACCGAACAUUCCACAAAGUUCACCACAAGUAUACGGCCAGCAUCGCUCUUAGAAACUACCAGUCGGGUGCCUGGGAGACCCUCUCGCUGGCAUUCAUCACUGCUCUCAGCCCUGCCAUCCUGAACUGCCAUCCUCUCACCAGCUACCUCUUCUUUAUCGUCAAUAUCUGGCUGUCGAUAGAGGACCACUCGGGCUACGAUUUCCCCUGGUCCACGCACAGGCUGGUGCCCUUUGGACUGUACGGAGGGGCUCCUCACCAUGAUCUACAUCACAUGAAGUUCAAAACCAACUAUGCUCCCUACUUCACGCACUGGGACAGGCUCCUGGGAACCUAUUCCACACUACAUAAAAAGUCCCACUGAUUUAUUUCGAACUAACUUGGUGAAGAUAUUUUAAGAGAUUAAUUUAUGUAUCAUAGACUCUUAAAUUUAUUGAGGAGCAUCACUGUGAU